AUGCCUGCCGAACUGACGGCCUUCCCUCUCCGAGCCCCAAAACCACCUGCAAAACCCCAGGCUGGACCAUCUGAAGCAGAGCUAGAGUUGGCGGAGGGCUACCUGAAAAGCUUUUAUGGCUACAAACCAAGGCCGGAAAGACUGAGGAGGUCCGCUGGCUCCAACAUGGACCAGGAGGCUGAUAUCUGCGCUAAGGUGCGCGACAUGCAACGCUUCUUUGGUUUGCAUGCAAACGGAGAGCUGACUGAGGAAACUCUGGUGGUCAUGAGGAGGCCACGCUGUGGUCUGUCAGACGUGGAGCCAUAUGGGGGGACGGUACGAUGGAAGAAGAGCACGCUCAGCUACAGAAUCUCCAACUACAGUUCGUCCAUCAGGGCCUCAAAGGUUCAGAGAGCCUUUAGAGAAGCAUGGAAACUAUGGUCAGAGGUUAUACCCAUCCGCUUUCGAAGGAGAAGCAGGAGGGAGGCGGACAUUGUUAUCUCCUUCAACGGUGGCGACCAUGAGGACGGCUCGCCUUUUGAUGGCAAAGGAGGCAUUCUGGCCCAUGCCUUCAUGCCCGGGUUUGGUGUUGGAGGGGAUGUCCACUUUGACGAAGAGGAAGAUUGGAGCUUUAACGCUACUGGCUUUAAUCUGUUCGCUGUGGCGGUACAUGAAUUUGGCCACGCCCUUGGCCUGGCCCAUUCCUCUGACCCAGGAGCUGUCAUGUACCCAGCAUACAACUUCAUGCCUCAGAAGGACCUCCAACUCUCUUUCCAGGAUGUCAAAGAUGUGCAAACUAUGUAUGGUGAGCAAAGUAUCGGCCCCAAUUAUUUGACGCUGUCCUUGAAGCGACCCCCUCCUCGAACACCUGACAAAUGCGACCCCGACUUGUCUUUCGAUGCUGUAACAGAGCUGCAACAGGAGAUUUUGUUUUUUAAAGACAGAUUCAUGUGGCGUAAACACCCCAUGUUUGACGAGAUAGAGAUCACUCUGAUGAGCAGCCUGUGGCCAGAUGAUAUACCUCCUUACUUGGACGCUGCCUACGAAAACAUGGAGACGAAUACAAUGGUGUUUUUUAAAGGUGAUCAGUACUGGAUGGUGAGGCAGUUAAAAGUAAUGGAGGGAUUUCCUAGAAACAUCUCCGAUCUGGGGUUCCCUCCCAGGGUGCAAUCUGUUGACGCUGCUCUUCAUUUCCGCAACGCCCACCUCACCGUGUUUUUCACCGACCAUGAGUGCUGGAGGUACAACGAGGAGCAGAAGAUGAUGGAGGAGGGGUCUCCAACACCGAUAGCGCGAGACUGGCCGGGGGUUCCCAGCCCUCUGGAUGCAGCUGUCUCCUAUGAGGGACUUGUUUACUUCUUCAAGGAUAACGUUCAGUACAAGUACGACCCGCAGUUAAACCACGUCGUCUCCGAAGUGCCUGCUAAUGACCUGCUGGAAUGCAGCAAGCAGGCAGCACAUGACACCGUGAUGAAGACGGGCGAAUAAGCGCCUCAAGCCUACCGCGCUGACGGACGGCUGACGGCAGAGUGUGUACUGUGGGGGCGGGGCUGUGCGUGUGCGUAUGCGUGAGUCGGGGGGGGGGGAGGCAAACCACACGCCGUCUGAAGACUUUGUAGGAAGGGAACUAAAUAUUCACCAGGACGUGGAAGUGGUUUAAAGUGUGCAUCAGUACAUCACGUAACACCAGUGUUGAAAUAACGGCAGCCGUACCUUGUAUUAUAGAGCA